GAGCAGACGUAAACGCUCCAGAUGACACUGGCCAGAUUGCCACAGUUGCGGCUGCUAUCCGUGGAGACCCACUGGUUAUGGAGGUGCUUUUGGCAGCGGAUGCUGAUGUGGACGCCACCAAUUCGAAUGGUGUGAGUGCUAUCAUCGCAGCUUCACACUUGGCACACUGCGAUGUGCUCUCACAGUUGGUUCGAGCAAGAUGUCAAGUGGACUCUGUGAACCAGGCGGGUGCCACUGCCCUAGUUGCAGCUGUAGAAGGCAAUCAACUAGCAGCAGCUAAUGUGCUCCUUGAGGCUGGGGCCAAUGUCAAUCAUGUCGGAGUUAUGGAUUCAACACCUCUUUUUGCAGCUGUCCAGGAGGGUCAUCAGUCCAUGGUUGCACUUCUUUUGGCGAAACGCGCAGACCCAAAUCAUGUAGCAAAGAAUGGUGCCAGCCCGCUCCUCGUUGCAGCUCAACUAGGAUUCGCCAAAGUUGCGAAGGAACUGGUGCGAGCAAACUCUGUGGUUAACUACAAAAAUGAGCAGGGCAUGAACUCCUCUGCUUUGCUUCAAGCGUCGCAGCAAGGUCAUAUAGACAUGGUUGAGCUGCUUCUGGCAGCCAGUGCCGCUGUGAACGGUGCCCGGAGUGAUGGGGCCACUCCGCUGAUCCUGGCCUCACAGGCGGGACACAGCGAUGUGGUUUAUAAGCUGCUAGAGAUGAAGGCAGAUGUGAACCUGGGCCGAAGUGACAAUGGCCAGGCUUUGAUGUUUGCAGCCCAAGAAGGUCACACAGAUGUUGCAAGGCAGCUUAUUGCUGCGAAUGCCAGAGCCGACGCAAAGGCUGAUUCUGGCGCGACAGCACUGACUUUGGCUGCCCGAAACAGAGACGAGGCAAUGUUGCGCUGUUUGCUUGAUGCAGAUGGUGGAGACAAGUCCAUUGAUUUGGACAAGCUGUUUGACGGUAAAGAAUCCUAA